CAAGCAAGAAGCCACACACACGCAUUGGAGGGAACCCCAUCAGCUGUGGGAAGCAACACACAGCUUCAAUUUACUUUUAUUUUUCUAACUCGAUUCUUCACAUUCGCAUAUUUUUGACGCAGCGAUCGAGCUAUGCGCAACUGGGGAAUGUAAGAGAAAACCUGCGGACAAACGAACAUUAUCACAUUGUCUGAAGAGAAGCGACGGAAGGAGAAAAACAAAUCACGGACUUCAGAAGGAGGCUUUGAAAGCAUGGAAUAUUUCAUGAUGCCGACUGAGAAGAUACCGACCUUACAGCAGUUCAAAAAGACAGAGAAGGACGUUAUAGGGGGUCUCUGCAGCCUGGCCAACAUCCCCCUCAGUCCAGAGACAGCUCAGGACCAGGAGAGACGAAUCCGUCGUGAGAUCGCCAACAGCAAUGAACGGCGGCGCAUGCAGAGCAUCAACGCUGGUUUCCAGUCCCUCAAAACACUUUUGCCCCACACAGAUGGAGAGAAACUCAGCAAGGCGGCCAUCUUGCAGCAGACAGCGGACUACAUCUUCACUUUGGAGCAAGAAAAAACGCAGCUCCUGGCGCAGAAUAACCAGCUCAAACGCUUCAUCCAGGAGUUCAGUGGUUCAUCCCCAAAGAGGAGGAGAGCUGAGGAGAAGGAUGAAGGGAUCGGGUCUCCAGACACCCUGGAGGAGGAGAAGGUCGAUGAGCUCAGGAGGGAGAUGCUGGAGCUGCGGCAACAGCUGGACAAGGAGCGCUCGGCUCGUAUGCAGCUGGAAGAACAGGUGCGCUCUAUGGACAGCCAGCUGCACCCAGAGCGUCUGAAGGUGAUCACCCAGCAGGUGGAGGAGGAGCAGGCGCUCAUCCAGAGCCAGACGCUGUUACGGCUGCAGCAGAUCCAUGGACAGGCUGUGGACAGACAAACGCACAGCCCACAGGUCCGUGCUCCUUCAACUCCCCCAGCCCCAACUCACCACCCCACAGUGAUCGUCCCAGCCCCAACACUAACUCAGCACCCCCAUCAUCACGUAACCGUGGUGACCAUGAGCCCUUCUGUCCACACCGGCACUGUGUCUACGUCCAGACAGAACCUGGACACCAUUGUUCAGGCCAUCCAGCACAUUGAACGCACUCAGGAGAGGAGAGCCAGCGCAGAGGAGGAGCAGCGGCGAGCUGUUAUCGUUAGCCCCGUCCAUGUCGCCAUGGACGCUACCUGCUCUGACACAGACACGGACACAGAGGGAGAGGACUGCUCAAUGAACUGAUCCAUCCAUCAGAUGAACUCAACACACAAACACUUAAAAUACCUUCUCACUGUAAGAUUCCCUCCAGGAGCUUGACUACUUUUUAAAACAAAUCUUUUGUUGGCAUUACCCAAACUCCUAAAUCCAGUAGUUAAGCUCUGUGUCAGUCUUAUACUGUAAUAUCUCUAAGGAUUGAAAACAUAGGAUGCUGGUGUGCAGGGGAGGCCCAGUUGGAUUUCUAGAGGCUGUUUUUCAUUGUCUGAGCCGGUCUACUUGAAAACUCCUGUAAGGAUCUCCUUGUGUUUUAAAAAAAAACAAAAAAAAAAAAACAACAACAACAACAAACAUGAGCAUCAGUCCAUCUUUCAUGUGUGUUUAAGUGUACAUGCAGUCGCAGUAUCAGUUACUUGUCAUCACUGGCACACUGACAGUAUUAAUAUAGUCACUAUAAUGGAGAUUUGAAUGUAACAACACAAUGACCAAGAAGCUCUCAACUUGUUUAAUCUGCAAACAUGGAUUUGCAGUUAUUUCCCUGUUCUUAACUGUCUAGUUUCCCCUUCAUCCCAUUGGGUUCACUGAGUCUGGUGCCAGUGGCCACAAAGCUGAAGUCAUUUCUAAAGAUCAGUUUAAGGA